GUCAUCGAAGAGAUGUAGACGCACGGGACGAAAACGUGGGGGCAAACAGGGUCAUGUGGAUGCGCGCUACAGCAUCUUGGAUCAGCGUAAGCAUGAUCGUGCUCAUUUCUGCAAGUACUAGCGUUUUGUUUUUGACCACACCGAGCGCGUGGCGCUUGCUCGGUCACUGCGGGCGUUUGCUGUCCGUGGCACUUUCGUGUACGCUGAUGGCAGCUGAAGUUGUAUUCGAGUUAAUGCUGUUGAGAUGCCUGCAGUUUCUGUUGGUAGGUGCAACACUCCUCGUGGGGCUUGUGCUCGCGUACGAGUUCUUUGAGGCGUGGUUGGAAUACCAACACCGUUCGAAAUCCGUGUCCGGCUACGCGGUCCACAACAGGGGCAGUAGUAACAGGAGUGUGCGGAGGUGGCUGCGCCGUUUCUGGGUCAACACCUGCGACGACCUAUCGCAUUUCCUUUGGUCUUACCGCUAUCGAGUACGGCACUGGGCAUGGACUCGCCAAGACUGGGCUCAGCCACUGAGAGGACCAGCGGCCGCUGAUUGCUUGGGGACAGAAGUCCUCUCAAGGAGGACAUCAUCUUCGCGUCUAGCACGUCGACAGAAGAACAAUAAGACGCACCAAAAAGAUAGAAGAGGAGGCAAGCAGCCCCAUCGACAUCAAGAGGGCCUUGCUCUUUAUCAUCUCUACUUGUCAGAGUCCUGCUCCCUGGGUCCUCGCCGUUGCUUUGUUGCGUUUUUCUGCUGCUUUUUCGGUACCAUGAUGACUGCGGACCUGGGGCGUCCAUCCACUGCCGUUUUCGCAAUUGACAAGAAGCAGCGCCAGCGCCGCAAGGCCAUGCGGAUCACAUCAAAAGCGCAGGCUUUUGAAGAGACUGAAUAUUACAGCGAAGAAGCGGGUUUGGAUACGAAUCCUCAUGGGGGUCGCGAGGUCGCGAGUAUGCUCCAGAAAACUGACAACGCGGCAACCACAGCAGGCCAGAAAAGUACUAAUAGGGUCCUGAAAUUACACGGAUGACUAUUGGCAGGAUUUAGCUUCUAACUUCCACGGCAACAAGUCCUUCUUCGUAUCUUUCUUGUGGUCCUUGCUGUCUCUUUCCAUUUUAACGCAUUCGAUUCUUUUUCGAUAAAGGCCCAUAACAUUAAGUUUAGGAAAGAGGUGAAGAUAUGUCACGAUUUGAAUUUGAAAGAAAUACCAGGGAACGCUUCUUCAUCCUUAUGAACUCCAUAGGUGUUCUCGAAGCUGUGAACGGAGACAGCGGUAAGGGGAACGAAGCCCGACUGGCGGCGACCGCUGCCAAAGGCGCGGCGACUACUGCCAAAGGCGGGAUGGAUAAUGCCAAAACCGCGGUGGACGCUGUUGACGCCGACAAUUCUCAGGCGCAGCAAGGGCUGGCUGAGACCAGUGGGUUGACUAAUGCCGAAAGUUGGUCGACUGAGGCCGAAGGCAUCCUAACUCCAGCAUCCUCCCACUUACAGUCAGCCCCUCCUUCGCAGUCCGCCUCCUUUUCUGCCUCUUCCUCCUCCGCUUCCCCUUCCUCGUCCUCCUCCGCUACCUUAAGGAUGUGUGAUAAGAUAAGAAGAGAGAAUAGAGAGACUUGAUCAAGAAUCUGACUCUGGUACUUCGUGCAGCCACUUAGAUACUAACUCAGCGGGCAGCCCUUUCUUUCUACAUGAUGAUACUAUCCCCCUCCGACUCCUCCCCGUCCUCCUCUACCUCUUCCUCCUCUACCCUUAGACUGCACGACGAGUCACAAGAUCAUCAAGAUCCCGUCUUAUUCUAUGAUCUUACGUGCUAAUACAUUACGAGAUACUAAAUUGUUUACUUCAUCUAAUGAUAGCUGGACAGACGGAAAGUUCUGCGGUCGGAACUGCGGAAAGUUCUGCGUCUGGGACUGCGGAAACUUCUACGGUUGGAACUGCAGAAGACAGGACUACGGCUACUACUGCGAUUGGGGAAACCGUUCCGGAAAAUGAGCCGAAAAGUGGAGGCCCCAGCAGCAUUUUGAGCAUGGGAACCACUGAGAACGAGAAGCUGGCUGUCUUUGUAUUCGCUAUAAUUUGCAUAGCUCUUGUUGCUAUGAGAUAUGCAGGUGUUGGACUGCUGUUGACGUCCCCGAAGGAUUGAGAGUUCUACUUUAUUUUCCAGCCACGAACUAAUGCGAUUUGUGAAGUAUGAGUAUGGCUAUGUAAUUGGGUCUAGAAGGGCGAAA